CACUCUCAGAUCCCUCCGCACCGCGCGCAUCCUGCAGUGGGGAGAGCGGCCGGAGCCCCCCGGGUUAUAGAGCCAUGGGAGCCUGGGGUCUCAGCCUGGGGGUCCUGCAUUGCCUGGGGGUCUACAUCCAGUUGAGUGCUGGGGAUAAACACAGCGCUGCCGAUGCAUUAUUCACAGAGACGCCACAGGACGUGAGCGCUCAUCCUGGAGAAGAUGUGGAGAUGGCGUGCUCCUUCCGUGGCAGCGGAGACAUCCCUUACUCGCUGGAGAUCCAGUGGUGGUAUAUUCGCACCCACCGGGACUGGGCAAACAAAGAGACGUGGGCAGACAGCCAGCUAAAGACUCUUCCAGGGGCCCCUGAGAAAGGAGCCACGAAGAUAAGUGUGGUGAAAGUUUUCGGCAGUAACAUUUCCCACAAGCUGCGCCUGUCCAGCGUGAAGAUGUCCGACGAGGGGACGUACGAGUGCCGCGUGUUGGAUUACAGCGAAGGGAAGGGCAAGCAGCACCGGGUGAAGGCGUUCCUGCGCGUGGAAGGGGAACUGGGCCGCCGUAACGCCGGCUCUCACCGCAUGCAGGACACAAGCACUCACCGUCACUUCCCAGGCAAGGAGCUGAAGAAGCGCUCGGCGGUGCCCUGUGACCAAUGCCAGCCGUAGACUGCCGGGGGGGGGGGAUCCGCCGUCCCACCGAUGUACAGGAGUGCAUGAGAGGCAUCUGCCCAUUACCCACCUCAACAUCCCCUCGGCUCUUCCCACCUUCUGAUAGGUUGGUGAAUAGAGCUCUGUGACUUUUAACAGACUCUCGAAGGUGUGUUAACCCUUUCCACGUCGAAGAGCAUAAGAGAUGCCCUGGUAGACUGCUGUUAAUGUGGACUAUUGAAGGGGCAUGGCGUGUGCACCCUUUGUUACUUAUACACAGAUCGUACACGUUCUCUUUCAUCCCACCUCUCAUUGGUCACGGGGGUUUAACGCCCACCUUACAGAGGCUUGUGUGCGCUUGGUAUGGAUUUUCUCAUGUUAAGUAGGCUAACUUGCUCAUGGGUCGUGGACCGCUGUAUGGGAAGUGAAGAGGCUGGCUACGUUAUUAGCUUUUUUUUGAGUAUCAGGUAUGCUUGGUGUUGAAAAACAAAGUAAUUGUGAGGCAUCAGUAAAAUGUGUAAGUCAGUUUAAGGUUAAGGUGGAUUCCUUGCCCACAGAUUUAGAGGUUUCUGCC